AUGGAACGUACGUCUAUAAUCGUCCAGACUCUGAAGUGUAACUGCGGGGAGAAUCAGCCACUGAGAAACGAAUUGGAUCAGUUUUUACGCAUGUUGAAGCUGCAGAAAACCAGCUACUCUCCUCUUGAUAUGUGCACUCUCGGCAGACCACUCCUUUUUAAGAUAUUUGGUGGCCUUUUCACAUAUUUAAUGGUAAUUUUGACAUAUGGACCUGAGUCUCAGACACCUUCACUGGCUUUUACAAGCUAUUUU